AUAAUAGAAACCUCCAACACCCUCUCCAAGAAAACAGAGAGCCAAUAAUAUUCUCCAUCAAUCUUUCUCUCCUCUUAUCUUUUCUUUUUUUCCCUUUGAAUCCAAAAACAAAAGGGAAAACAGAAAAAUAUCAAUACCCCAUUUCUUCAUCUGUUUUCCUUGUGCAAGUUCCUCCAAUUCUUUAUAUAAUAAAAGAUGGGUUGUGGGGAAUCAAAGCAUGCAGUUGCAACAGAAAACACCACCAUUCCUAAGAACAAGAGAUCAUUGAGUUCUAAAUCUGAGUCCUCCACAAAGGCUGAAGCUCAAGAAAAUGUUAAGACAACCGAAAAUGAAGAAACUGUGAAAAAAAGUGAUGAAAAAGUGGAGGUUACAGCCAAGGUGGAGGAGGUAAUUGCACCUAAAGUUGUGGCUAAGGAAGAAGAAGUUAAAGAAAACUCUGAGAAGAAAGAAAUGGUGCAAUUGGAAAAAGCCAAAGAAGAGGUGGUUGUUGUUGAAAAGAAGGAAGAAAAAGUUGUAGAAACUCAACCUGAAGAGAAGAAGAAUGGAAAUGAUGAAACAACCCCUUCUGUUGGUGUUGCUGUUGAAGAGAAGAAAGAAUCAGUUGAAGAGAUUAAAGCAAAAGAAAAAACUGAGGAGACCAUUAAGCCAGCUGAAGAAGAGAAAGAAAAAGAAAAAGAGAAGGAAGAAGUCACCACUACUUGUGAGGCAACAGAUGCUGCUAAACCAGAAACUGCCAAGGAUGCUCCUAAACCAGAGACAGAGGAAAAGCCAAAAGAGGAGAAUGCAACUGAAACAUCAGCCACUACAGAUUCGAAAACAGAUUGAACUGCAGGCAUGGGAAUAUCGAAGAGGGCUGCUUAUUAGUUUAAUCCUAGCUUUUUAAAGCCUGUUGUAAUUUCAGCUUAAGUAUACAUAUCUGUGCUGUUUUCAGAUGACUGAUAUACUACUCUGUUCUUCAUAUCUCCCAUUUCAUCAAAAUCUGCUUCAUGGGAAUUUCUUUAAGUUGUUGUCAAAGCUUUCUGCAAAUGGUGGAUCGUUCCCAUACUUCUCUCAGUCUUGAAUUAUGAUAUGAAUAUAGUAUUGUUCUGUUGGUCUCUUGACA